GAAAAGCAUUUUGCCACCCAUAUACCUGAUUGGUUAGUCGAAAUUCACCUUGAGGAAAAGUGGCGUGACACGAAAGGGCAUUUUCAAAAUGGCGUCUUCAAGCAAGCGACCGCGUGUGUGUUUCACGGCUGAAGAAGUAGCUGAAAUUUGUGCUCGAGGCGAUAGUGACCCUGAAAGUGAUAUUGAUAGUCAGACUGGGGGAAUUUCCAGCGGAGAAGAGUACGAAUUAAACCAAGAAAUCGAAGGAAACAGUGAUUCAGAGGAAGAGUUGAGCAUCUCGGAUUCAACUGACAAUGUUGAAAUUUCUGGGAAUGACUUCAAUGAUCAGUCUGAAGAUGAGGUAACUAAUCCUGAUCCUCCUCCAGAGCAACCAGCAAGACCAAGAGGAAGAGCAAGAGGUAGGGGACAACGCCGACAGAGGCCAGGAAGAGGUAGGGGUAGGGGUAGGGGUAGGGGUAGAGGUAGGGGUGCCCUCCCACCGCCCCCUCCUGGAGGAGCUGCAGCUGCUCCUAGGGAAAAAAGUUAUGAUGAUCCUGAUACACCAAACCAGAUCCCGCCUUUUAACCCCAGACGGCAACCUGGAUUGCAUCUGAAUUUGCCAGUUCUAAGAGGUGCAAUGACCAGGGCUGUUGAUUUUUUCAAGCUUUUCUUCACAGCAGAGCUUGUUAGAAACAUCAGCACCCAUACAAAUAGCUAUGCGUGGGGGGCUAUUGGUAACAAAUCCUACUAUGGUGACAAGGAUGGUGCCUGGAUUGAAACUUCUCCUCAAGAAAUAGAAAAAUUGAUUGCCCUUAUUUUGUAUUGUGGCCUGGUAACUGUUAGUUCAUUCCAUCGGUAUUGGAGCACAAAGACUUUGUACCAUGGGUUGUGGGCACGAAGUAUAAUGUCACGAGACCGAUUCAAGGCUCUGAUGGCAAUGCUCCAUAUUGUUGACCCCGAUGAUGAAGAUGAGGAAGACAAACUAAGAAAGGUUAGUAGCUUCUUGGAAUUUUUCAAGGAUAAAUGUAAAGCUUUGUACCAACCCUUUCAACGUGUUGCUGUUGACGAGAGAAUGGUGAAAUCAAAACAUCGGUCUGGAAUUCGUCAGUACAUAAAAAAUAAACCAACGAAGUGGGGAAUAAAGCUGUGGGUGUUGGCAGAUAGUUUGAAUCGUUACACCUGUGACUUUGAUGUGUACAUUGGGAGACAUGCAGGACAUGAGGUAAGCGAAAAUGGGUUAGGAUAUGAUGUGGUUAUGAGACUUGUCACCCCUUUGAUGAACCAGGGAUAUCAUUUAUACUUUGACAACUUUUAUACAUCUGUAAAGCUUGUAAAAGAUUUGUUUCGAGUUUUGAUUCCAGCCACAGGUACAGCUGCUGAAAACAGAAGGGGCUUUCCUGAGUCAAUGAAAAAAGGACAGGAAUGGGCACGACGUAAAGACAGGGGAAGCAUGAGAUGGGUGAGAGAUGGAGUUUGCCUGGCUCAACAAUGGAAGGACAACCGACCAGUAACAAUUCUGACUUCAAUUGCAAAUGCAAAUGAUUUUGUAAUGGUUUCUAGAAAAGAAAAAGUAGGCAAUGUUUGGAGAGAACUUGAUGUAAAGCAGCCUAAGGCAAUUGACCAGUAUAAUAACUACAUGAAUGCAGUAGAUCGGUCUGAUCAAAUUCUUGCAAAGAACUGUGCUCUAAGAAAGUGUAUGAGGUGGUGGAAGACAUUAUUUUUCCACAUGAUUGACAUAGCUAUUGUCAACAGUUUUAUCUUGUUUCAACUUCAUCGAGCAGAACACCCUGAUGAAGAAGCACUCAAGCGCCCUAAAAAAUUCGCAAUUGCUGAGUAUCGUGAGGAACUUGUGAGACAGCUAGCAGGCUUGGAAGAAUAUGGUCCUCCUCCAGUGUUCAAACCCCCAAAAAGGGAUCCUGGAGAGUAUGAAACAGCUCACAUUAUAAAGUUUUCUGACAAAAAGAGAAACUGCAAAGUUUGCUAUGCAGCUACAAAGAAGGAGCUGAAAGUCAAGUCUUACUGUGAUGCACCUCAAUGCCAAGUUUUUCUGCACUGCUUACCAGAUAAAAACUGCUUUGAAAUAUGGCACAGCAGGAACUAUCAUCUCAAUCAUUGACUUUAUUAUGACAUUUCUGUUUGAUUUAACUGUAUUUUCGUUAGGUUAAGGCCCCUUGUGACCCCAAAGGUAGCGUCAUAGCACUGGUUGGGGUUACACGAUCCCCGUUUUCCACCAGGUGGUUUUUAGGGGUUUGCGUGUCCGGCUGUGAUGCAUGCAGAUUUAUUAUUUUGUUAAUGGCUGUCAUUUUUGCAUGGAAAUCAUUUUGAAUGAGUGAUUUUUAAUUUUUGUUUAAUUUGAAUGCUCAAUAUGCACUUGUAUAAGUCACAUGCUUAUGUAUAUAGUUAACCCAAAAAAGGCCUCAAGAGGGCACCCGAAAGAUGUAACCAUAACUUUUUAAAUUCUUAUUCAAUUUCAAUCAAAUUUUCAGGAAAGAUGCAUUAUAUAAUAGGGAAAAACUUUUCUUUUAACAGUUUUUAAUGUGAUAUAAAGGAAGAAAGUUAUUGAGUAUUUACUCCAAAAAUUUGUGUUGCGUGACAAAAAUAUUUGCAUAAAUUAGCAUAAAUUAAUUAAUUAAAAGUAAUAAUGAACAAUUAA